AUGAUUGUGAACCCGCCUCAUUUGUCUACUCUCCUCCCAGCUCUGAAGAAGGUGUCGUCAUUCAAUAAGGACAGGGUCUCCCUCGACAACGAGGCGCUCGUGGAGAUAAGAGAAGAGGGAGAGGGGGGAGAGAGGGGAGAGGGAGGUCGCGGAGGUCAGCUGGCCCAGAGAAGAACGAAACUGCCAUGUCCCACACCAGACAUGGCAGACUUCAGUCUCUGGACCAUUCUCAGGAAAAACAUUGGUAAGGACCUGUCCCGAGUAUCGAUGCCCGUCUCUCUGAACGAACCACUGAGUGCCCUGCAGAGGCUGUGUGAGGAGGUCCAGUACUGCGAGCUCCUAGAUCAGGCAGCCCACCUGGACGACCCCUGCGAUAGGAUGGUUAAAGUUGCAGCAUUUGCAGUGUCGGCAUAUGUGACGGCGUUCCACAGACCGGCACGCAAGCCAUUCAACCCCAUUCUGGGAGAGACCUAUGAGUGGGUCAGGGAGGACAAGGGGUUCAAGUUCAUGGCAGAACAGGUGAGUCACCAUCCUCCUAUUGCUGCCUGUCAUUGUGAAUCUCCCAACUUCACCUUCUGGCAAGAUGCCAGGAUCAAGAGCAAGUUCUGGGGAAAGAGUAUGGAGGUGUUCCCUGUCGGAACCGUCAAUGUCACCAUUCCUAGACAUGGAGACCACUAUGAGUGGGAGAAGGUGACGUCGUGUAUCCACAACGUCCUCGGAGGUCAAAGGUGGGUGGACCAGUACGGCCAGAUGACAAUCACCAACAGAGGGAAAUGCUCCUGCAAACUCACCUUCGUCAAGGCUAGCUACUGGAGCUCCAAGAAGUACGAAGUUCACGGCGACGUGUACAACGGAGACGGAGAGAAAGUCUGUCAUCUGUUUGGCACCUGGCACGAGGCCAUGUUCUGUGGGGAGGAGGACGGAGACGCCUCCCCCGUCUGGCAGGCAGCCCCAAUGCCCGAGGACAGUGACCAAUACUACGGGUUCAACCAGUUUGCAAUCCAGUUGAACGGGUUUGAGGAGGGAAUGAGGGACAAACUGCCUCCGACCGACUCCAGAUACAGACCUGACCAGAGGUUAUUAGAGGAGGGCUACAUUGAACAGGCUGAACCAGAAAAACACAGAGUGGAGCAGAUACAGAGGCAAGCGAGGGCUGAGAGGGAGAGACUGGGGAAAGAUUGGUCUCCGACAUUCUUCAGGAAGGAGAUGAGGAAGGGGGAGGAGUGUUGGGUGUCUCGUGGCAACUACUGGUCUCACCGGGGGACUGGGUUUACAGAUCUCUCUCUACCCACUCUGUGGUAGAUGAACUGUAUCAACCUAUGACUUUUUCAUUCAUUCACUUUUCGUUAUUGUCACCACUUCCGAUAAUACCUGCUUUUGUACGUGAGUUAUCCAAUUAUUAUGCUGACAUGCUGAUGUCCGCCGUGAAUGUUGUAGAUUCGAGCAUUUCACUCAUUGAAAUGAC